AUGCGAUUUUUUACUAAAUUAGCUGCUACAACUGUUGGUGUUUUAUGUACAACAGCAUCAGCUUAUUUUUUUGUUGAUGAAAAAAAACGAUAUGGUGUUGUAUUUGCUGCAAAUAUUGUUCAAUCACCAAAUGAUAUUAGUGAUAAUUUAGUGAAACCAGAUCAACAAUCACUUUCAUCUCCAAUACGAUCUAGUGAACGAUGGAAUUGGAAUUGGGAUGGCCGACAUUGUGAAAUGAAUAAAACUCGAGCUAUAAGACAUAUUUAUCUUAUUCGACAUGGACAAUAUCAAACAAGAACGAAAUUUGAAGAUGAAAAACAAUUAACUGAAUUAGGCAAUGAACAAGCUGAUUGGGCUGGACGAGCAUUAGCAGAAUCAGGAAUUACAUUUACUCGACUUGUACAAUCAGGUUUAAUUCGUGCUAUUCAAACGGCAACAAUUAUUAAUAAAUAUUUGAGAUUUAAUAAAGUUGAACAAGAUAUUGAUCUUAAUGAAGGGUUUCCAUUUCUUCCAGAACCAGCUGGAAGAUUUAUUGAUGAUAUUGCUAAAGGUCGUCUUGAAUUAGAAACUGAACGAAUGGAAAGAGUUUUUCAUCGUUAUAUUCAUCGACCAUUUCCAAGUCAAACUGAAGAUUCUCAUGAACUUAUUGUAUGUCAUGCAAAUGUUAUUCGUUAUUUUGUUUGCCGUGCAUUACAAAUACCAGCUGAUGCUUGGCUUCGUUUUAAUCUUUUUCAUUGUUCAAUUACUCAUCUUGUUUGUACAUCUGAUGGUCGUGUUAUUUGUUAUGGUAUUGGUGAUGUUGGACAUAUUCCACAAGAACGACGCUCGUAUGUCUAA